AGUGGUGUGUGUGUGUGUGUGUGUGUGAGAGAGUGUAAGGAUGGUGUAUGUGCUGUGUGUGCUGCUGCUGAGCGGACUGCCGCGCUCCCUCGCCACUUAUCCCAUAUGGUGGUCUCUGGCGGUUGGUCAUCAAUACUCGUCUCUGGCCUCUCAGCCCAUCCUCUGCAGCUCCAUUCCGGGCCUGGUGCCCAAGCAGCUGCGAUUCUGCAGGAACUAUGUGGAGAUCAUGCCCAGCGUGGCGCAGGGGGUGAAGAUCGGCAUCCAGGAGUGCCAGCACCAGUUCCGGGGCCGCCGCUGGAACUGCACCACCAUCAACGACAACCUGGCCAUAUUCGGACCAGUUCUGGACAGAGCCACGCGGGAGUCCGCGUUUGUCCACGCGAUUGCGUCGGCGGGCGUGGCGUUUGCCGUAACCCGUGCGUGUGCUGAGGGUUCUGCCACCAUCUGCGGCUGUGAUACGAGGAGGAAAGGCCCGCCAGGAGACGGCUGGAAGUGGGGCGGCUGCAGUGAAGACGUGGAGUUUGGAAACAUGGUCUCACGAGAGUUUGCCGAUGCCCGAGAGAACCGGCCCGACGCUCGAUCCGCCAUGAACCGCCACAACAACGAGGCUGGGAGAAUAUCAAUCACCGAUCACAUGUACCUGAAGUGCAAGUGUCACGGGCUGUCAGGCAGCUGCGAGGUGAAGACGUGCUGGUGGUCUCAGCCGGACUUCCGCGUGAUCGGAGACUACAUGAAGGACAAGUACGACAGCGCCUCGGAGAUGGUGGUGGAGAAACACAGGGAAUCCCGUGGCUGGGUGGAAACCCUGCGGCCCAAAUAUGCCUACUUCAAACCCCCCACCGAGACAGACCUGGUCUACUACGAGAGCUCGCCCAACUUCUGCGAGCCCAACCCGGAGACGGGCUCCUUCGGCACACGUGACCGCGUGUGCAACCUGACAUCUCACGGCAUCGACGGCUGCGACCUGCUGUGCUGCGGCAGGGGACACAACACCAGGACUGAGAAACGCAAGGAGAAAUGUCACUGCAUCUUCCACUGGUGCUGCUACGUCAGCUGUCAGGAGUGUACGCGCAUCUAUGACGUCCACACCUGCAAGUAGGUCCCUGUAGCUAACUAGCUGCCCCCCCCAAAAAAAAACAAAACAAGACUGCCACGAAGAAAAGAGACCAGGUUUGAUGUUCCCCUGGGAGUCUUCUGCUGAAAAGUGUUGUGGAUUACGACCGACAGGUCAGGCGGAGGUUGUCGUAGGUCCACAAACCCAACAAGCACUAAAAAAGGAAGGGUGAUGGCACCUUUUUACAUGCUAGCCUCUUUCAGAGACACUGCAUUCACCAACAAAGGAACUCGUUCCCAAUGGGAUUCCCUUGUAAGGAUGGCUCGAGCCGCGGGCCUAACUCUCUGAGGGACUAUUCUUUUA